AUGAUUUCAAUGUAUUUUAUCUUAGUAUCUCUCGUGAUAGUAUGCUUAUUGGUUAAAAGUGUAAUUAAACCACGAAAAUAUCCUCCAGGUCCUAAAUGGUAUCCAUUUAUGGGUUGCAGCAGUAUAGUGGAUAAAUUGACCAAAAAACACGGAUCGCAGUGGAAAGGUCUUUCGACUUUAGCGAAAGAAUUUUCUACAGAUGUUUUAGGUUUGAAAUUGGGAAGGGAACUAAUUGUUGUGGUAUACGGAGAAAAAAAUAUACGCCAUGUUUUCACAGAGAAGCAGUUUGAAGGAAGACCAGAUAAUUUUUUUGUUCGAAUGCGAUGCCUUGGAAAACGAAUGGGGAUAACAUUUGCUGAUGGACCAUUGUGGAGAGAACACAGACAAUUUACAGUGAAACAGUUAAGAAAUGUUGGAUUUGGAAAAACAAAAAUGGAGAAAGAGAUUCAGGAUGAGAUGUUACACAUAGUAAAAUAUAUAGAAAUGAAUUGUGGCAAACCUAUCAAUACUAUGAGUACGUUAGCAAUGUCGGUUAUGAAUAUCUUAUGGACUUAUAUUGCAGAUGAACGAAUUGAAGAAAAACGCCUGAAACAUUUACUUGAUUUAUUAAAUUCAAGAUCCAAGGCAUUCUCUAUGGCUGGAGGAUUGCUGAAUCAACUACCUUGGUGCAGAUUUAUAUUUCCAGAGUUGAGUGGGUAUGGUCUUAUAAAGAGAAUGAACGAACAAAUAUCUAACAUAAUUGAGGAGGCAAUAAGCAAGCAUAAAAAUAAGUCCGUUAAAGGAAACGACUUCAUAUACUCAUUUAUUGAAGAGAUGGAAAAUAACAAAGAAAGCUUUACUGAAGAGCAGCUGAAAAUUAUAUGCUUAGAUGUCCUUAUCGCUGGAUCUCAAACAACUAGCAAUGUACUGCAGUUUGCGUUGCUAACCGUAUUGAGAAACAAAACUAUACAGGACAGGCUUUAUGAAGAGAUAAGUAAAACUUUAGAGGGCAAAUUACCGUCAUGGUCCGACAGCUACAGGCUCGUAUAUACUUCAGCAUUCCUUUACGAAGUUCAGCGUUUUUACACAAUAGUACCACUAAUGGGUCCACGUAGAGUUCUAAAUGAUUCUAUAAUAGAUGGAUAUUUCAUACCAAAAGAAACAACAGUACUGUGUUCCGUUGGUGAUUUACAUUUUGAUCCAGAGAUAUGGAAAGAGCCGAGAGAAUUUAAGCCGGAGAGAUUUAUAGAUGAACGGGGUACAUUGAAAAAUAUAGAGCAUUUGUAUCCGUUUGGUUUAGGUCGGCGACGAUGUCCCGGGGACGCCUUGGCUAAGUCGUUUAUUUUUAUUGUCAUCGUCGGCAUAUUACAAAAGUUUAAAAUUGAUUGCAGCGACGGCAUUCUGCCAUCUGCCGAUCCGAUAAUCGGAUUGAUUUCUGCGCCUAGGCCAUUCUCUGCAGUUUUUACACCUCGCGAGAGUAAAUAG